ACACCACUCUACACUUAGUGACAACAGCUCGCGUGCGAUACGUCCUACAAAAAGCAGAACCUCGCUUGCAUAGGCGCAUACCACACUUAUAGUUUUCGAGGAUGGAUUACCAGAAUCGCGCAGGUUCCAAAUUCGGUGGCGGUGGUGUCGCCUCGCAGUCCGCGACAAAUGCCGACCGACGGGAGCGCCUGAGGAAGCUUGCCCUCGAGACCAUCGACCUCGACAAGGACCCGUACUUCUUCAAGAACCAUGUCGGUAGCUUCGAAUGUCGUCUCUGUACAACGGUACACCAAAACGACGGUUCCUACCUCGCGCAUACACAGGGAAAGAAGCAUCAAACCAACUUGGCCCGCCGUUUCGCAAAAGAGCAGAGAGAGGGAAAGAGAGACGAUGCCAACCAACAAGGUCUACUCGCAGGCGUGCUGCCCAAGAAGAACGUCAUCAAGAUUGGACGGCCCGGAUACCGCAUCACCAAAGUACGCGACCCUAAUACGCGCCAGAACGGGCUGCUAUUCCAGUUCCAGUAUCCAGACAUCACGCCAGGUGUUUCCCCAAAGGUUCGGAUCAUGAGCGCAUACGAGCAACGGGUAGAGGACCCAGACCCAAACUACCAGUACCUGAUUGUUGCCGGUGAACCAUACGAAACGGUUGCGGUAAAGCUACAGUCGCGCGAUAUCGACAGGAGAGAGGGUAAAUUUUGGUUCUGGUUCGACGAGGACGCGAAGGAGUUUUGGUGCCAGAUCUUGUUCAAGACAGAGCGUGAUGAACGAUUCAGCGCAGUGCCUGGCCUUGCGGGUGGUCGACACUAGGAGCUGGUAUGGUGUAUGCGUAUGCAUUUCAAAGAGAGAUGUUAUAAGGUUGACAACAGCCCAAGUCAAGGUCAUUCGAGUGUCUUCUUCACGAAUCAUCACGCGGAAUAGGCGUCUUUUUGGAGUAUCCGGCGUUCAGCAACAGAAAUCACGUCAUUUACGGGGAUUCACGAGGAUUUUGUUUUGGUGUAGGUAAUUGUCGAUCUCAAAAUGUAUCAAUGUGAAUCUGACAUUUUCCAA